CUACUAAGAAGCAUCGAUCCAUGGGGUCUGAGGAGUGGGUGAGCCGCCUGAAGGCAUUUGCCUCUUCUGGCACUUGGCCCUCCAGUGCAGGGAACAGGCCAUCUCCGAAACAGGCCAAGUGGCACAACCUCUACCAGAAGAUUGAGAAGUGUCCCAUGAUGCUGCGUGGGCAGACCUUAAUCUUAGGGAUAGCCCAGACAUGUACCUGUGGCUUUCACUCCCAGCAGUCUGUGAGAAGCCCUGCAGCUACCUCUGCCUCCACCUCUGCUGCGCCUGCACGGAGCCCUGGGAGGCCUGCAUUGACGCUGGCGAUGAUGAAUAUUUCCAUCACAUUAAAUACCAUGUCAUUCACCUGGUUAGCCAUGAUCAACUCAUCUCAGAUCUGUGUUUUGAGAACUCGUUUCGGUGGGACUUUGUCUGCUGCAGCCAAGCCGAAUGUCAAUGUGACCAGGAGGCCUGUUGAGCGUCCCUCCAGCCCUGCCACUGUCCCGGCUGAGAGAAGCACUCCAUCCGCUACCCCACCUCGAGUGACGCCCCCUUCCAGUCCCAGCUUCUACAGGCCUGUCUCCCCUUUCUCUCUGCCUCCAUCCAGCCCUGUCAUGUCGGCGGUGAGGACCAGCUCUUCCCCUCUGGUUGUAUCAGAUAUGAGUCCUGCUCCUCCAGGUCUCCUCCCUGCUCCUCUUGGUCUCCCCGCAGCUCCUCCUGGUCCCCUCCCUGCUCCUCCUGGUCCCCUCCCUGCUCCUCCUCUUACUGCUCCAGAUCAGUUCUGGCUGCCGGUGGAAAUGAGGAAGACCAUUCCCCAGCAGGACCAGCGCUGGAUUGCGUCCACGCUGUGGAGGAACCAGCGUCCGUGCGCGGACGUCCAGCUCUGGUAUGAGCCACCGGAUCCUGCCCUCAUUUAUAACCAGGUCCCGUCACCAGAUCGCUUUUUUAUGCACCGGCUCCUGGUGUGGAUGCCCUACCACCUGUGGAAGGUGAGGCUGUCCUGCCCCCAGUGCAAGGGGCAGCUCACCGGGGCCGGCAUCCACAAGAGGGCACGGAAGGUCCUGGACGUUGACAGGUACUACCUGAUGGUGACGGAGACCCUCAGGUGCAACUCCUCCAGUUGCGUAUCAAAUUAACUGUCCACGAGCCAGACCGUCCUGGACCUGCUGAGCUUGGCUCU